UUUCAGUUCAAUCAAACGAUAGCCGUCGCUACUUCUUCUCCCCUUCAUCUUCGACGAUUGAUCGGUGCCUGAAUAUUGAAGUUUCUUGAAUCUUCCAGAGACAACCUAAGUUGCAGAAACGAUUCUUAACCCUACUCGGAACUUUUGACAAAAGAUGGCUUCGAGAUUCUGGACUCAGGGUGGUAGUGAUUCCGAGGAGGAGGAGAGUGAUUAUGAUGAGGAGAUUGAGACUGCAGCCGGUGAAUCUGCUAAUCAAGCUGUUACAAGCAGAUACUUGCAGGACAAUGCAAGUGACAGUGAUGACUCUGAUGGCCAAAAGCGCGUUGUCAGGUCAGCAAAAGAUAAGCGUUUUGAGGAGAUGGCUUCUACUGUUGAUCAGAUGAAGAAUGCCAUGAAGAUUAAUGACUGGGUGAGCUUGCAAGAGAGCUUUGACAAGAUUAACAAACAGCUUGAGAAAGUUAUGCGUGUUACUGAGUCCGAGAAGGUGCCCAAUCUUUAUAUUAAGGCACUUGUGAUGCUAGAAGAUUUCUUGACUCAGGCUUUGGCAAAUAAGGAUGCAAAAAAGAAGAUGAGUAGUAGCAAUGCUAAAGCCUUGAACUCAAUGAAGCAGAAGUUGAAGAAGAACAAUAAGCAAUAUGAGGACAUGAUUAACAAAUGCAGGGAGAAUCCGGAGAGUGAGGAGGAAAAAGAUGAAGAGGAGACGGAGGAAGAAUAUGAAAGUGAGGAUGAGAUUAUUGACCCUGAGCAGCUUAGAAAAGAUGGACCCAAGUCAGAUUCAGAAGCUUCUCAAUAUGAAGAUGACAAGACUGGUGCAAAUGAAGCACCUUGGGACCAAAAGUUUAUGAAAAAAGACAGAAUUUUGGGAACACAGUUUUUGAAAGACCCCAGCGAGAUCACAUGGGACAAAGUAAAUCAAAAGUUCAAAGAGGUUGUGGCAGCUAGGGGCAGGAAGGGAACUGGAAGGUUUGAACAGGUUGAGCAACUCACCUUCUUGACAAAAGUUGCUAAAACACCUGCACAGAAGCUGGAAAUUCUGUUUAGUGUGGUUUCUGCUCAGUUUGAUGUUAAUCCAGGCCUCAGUGGGCAUAUGCCCAUUAAUGUAUGGAAAAAAUGUGUGCAAAACAUGCUGAUAAUUCUGGAUAUUCUAGUGCAGUACCCAAACAUAGUGGUUGAUGAUUCGGUGGAGCCAGAUGAGAAUGAAACUCAGAAAGGGCCUGACUAUGAUGGAUCAAUUCGGGUUUGGGGUAAUUUAGUUGCAUUCUUAGAAAGAAUAGAUGCUGAGUUUUUCAAGAGCCUGCAGUGCAUAGAUCCUCAUACCCGUGAGUAUGUGGAGAGACUACGGGAUGAGCCCAUGUUUUUGGUUCUUGCUCAGAAUGUCCAAGAAUAUCUUGAAAGGAUUGGAGAUUUCAGAGCUUCUUCUAAGGUAGCCUUGAGGAGGGUUGAACUCAUUUACUACAAACCUCAAGAGGUUUAUGAUGCCAUGAGAAAAUUGGCUGAACUGACGGAAGAUAUAGAUAAUGGAGGGGAGGCAAGUGAAGAGUCAAAAGGAUUUGAGGAAACACGAAUUCCUACUGCUUUUGUUGUUACUCCGGAGCUUGUGGCCCGAAAAUCCUCCUUCCCUGGGAAUAGCAGGAACUUAAUGGAUGAAUUGGUAUCACUAAUCUACAAAUAUGGUGACGAGCGUACUAAAGCACGCGCAAUGCUUUGUGAUAUAUACCACCAUGCUCUUCGCGAUGAGUUCUCAAUAGCUCGUGAUCUACUGCUUAUGAGUCACUUGCAAGACAAUGUUCAGCAUAUGGACAUUUCUACACAGAUACUUUUUAACAGGGCUAUGGCGCAGCUAGGUCUAUGUGCUUUUCGGGUCGGACUGAUUUCCGAAGCUCAUGGAUGUCUUUCUGAACUUUACUCUGGUGGAAGGGUGAAGGAGUUGCUUGCACAAGGUGUGUCUCAAAGUCGUUACCAUGAGAAGACUCCAGAACAGGAAAGAUUGGAAAGAAGACGUCAGAUGCCAUAUCAUAUGCACAUAAAUCUUGAGCUCUUGGAGGCUGUUCAUCUUAUAUCUGCUAUGCUGCUGGAAGUUCCUAAUAUGGCAGCCAAUAUUCAUGAUGCAAAGCGCAAGGUCAUCAGUAAGAAUUUCCGUCGCCUGCUGGAGGUCAGCGAUAAACAAACAUUCACCGGUCCACCUGAAAAUGUCAGAGAUCAUGUUAUGGCUGCCACAAGGGUUCUUAGCAAGGGAGACUUCCACAAGGCUUUUGACAUUAUUGUCUCUCUUGAUGUAUGGAAAUUUGUGAGAAAUCGGGACAGUGUGCUUGAAAUGUUGAAGGACAAAAUUAAGGAGGAGGCCUUGAGGACAUACCUCUUUACCUUCUCUUCAUCUUAUGAUUCUUUGAGCCUGGAUCAGCUUACAAAAAUUUUUGACCUCUCUGUGCCUCGCACUCAUAGCAUUGUUAGUAGGAUGAUGAUCAAUGAGGAGCUUCAUGCUAGCUGGGACCAGCCAACUGGGUGCAUUGUUUUCCAAGAUGUUGAACACUCAAGACAGCAGGCUUUGGCAUUCCAGUUGACAGAGAAAUUAUCUAUCCUUGCAGAGAGUAAUGAAAGAGCAACAGAGGCAAGAAUAGGUGGUGGUGGAAUGGAUCUGCCUCUGAGGCGGAGAGAUAACCAGGACUAUGCUGCUGCCGCUGCUGGGGGUGGAACUGGGUCUUUAGGUGGUAGGUGGCAAGACAUGUCCCUUUCUCAGCCAAGGCAAGGCAGUGGACGUGCAGGAUAUGGUAGUGGUGGCGGAAGGCCAUUCGCAUUAGGCCAAGCAACUGGGAGUGGCUAUUCAAGGGAUCGAAUGGGAAGAGGAACAGGUACUGGCUAUCAGAGUGCACGGUAUCAAGGAGGUUCAUCGUUGAGGGGAUCCCAGGGCGAUGUAUCUACCCGUAUGGUUAGCCUCAAGGGAGUUCGUGCUUAAAAAAGAAGUAUAUUAGAGAGGAAUUCUAAGCUUUUAAAGCAUUUAAAACUGUCGUCUUUACUUCAGUCUUCAUAAUUUUACUAUGCACUAAAACAUUCUGGUUUUCAUUUUUGUACAGUUUUAUUUUCUUUAUCUAAAGAUUCAAUGAGAAAUUUAUGGGAUCUUGCUUUCAUGUUUUCCCCAUUUUGGCUUGGGUUUAUUCUGUUCGAAUUGUAUCUGUAAGUUCUUGCUUGGCAUCGGGAUAUUUGACUUUGUUAUUAUCUUCUGUGUAGCAUCUCCUUUGGAUUGGUAGUUUAUUUGUUCUUAGCAGCAUUAAUAUCAUUUGCUACAGUAA